AUGUCUGCCCCAGAACAGGCCGAAUUCACCUUCCUGCCACUCGGCGCCAUCAUCCAAGAGUUCCGCGUCGGUGGCCACAACAUUGUGCUCGGCUUCCCUACGCAGGACCAAUAUGUCAAGUACAACACCGCACACUACGGUGCAACCAUUGGCCGUGUAGCCAACCGGAUCAAGAACGGCGUGAUCAAUGACCUGAAUGGUGUGCAGAUUCAGCUGGUUAAGAACAACGAACCCAAUGCCCUGCACGGCGGCCCUACGGGCUGGGGCAAGCGCGUCUUCGAUGGUCCACACACCGUCCAGCGCCAUGGUCGCGAUGCCCUGCUGUUCAAGUACCUCUGCGCGCAUGGCGAGGAGGGAUACCCCGGCACUGUCGAGGUGCGCGUGUGGUACACUGCCAGCAAGGAGGGCGAGGCGACCACUGUUUUGACAACCGAAUACGAGGUUGAAUUUGUCGGCGACGAAGUCGAGGAGACAGUUGUCAACAUCACAAACCACAGCUACUUCAACCUCGGCGACGGUCCCACCAUCACCGGUACAACCGCCCAGCUCGCCACAGCAGACUAUCUCCCCAUCGACAACACUGGUAUUCCAACAGGAGGUAUCUCCAAGUUCCCGCGCGACGUAACAACCCCCUUCACCCUCGCCGCAACAGGCCCCCACAUCGACGACGUCUUUAUUAUGGAGACCGACCCGACCAAGAUCCCCUUGGACACGCGCAGCCUGCCCCUGCGCCGCCUCGCGCAGUUCAACCACCGCAGUACCGGCGUGCAUCUGGAAGUGCACAGCACCGAGCCAGCCUUCCAGUUCUACACGGGCAAGUUCAUUGAUGUUCCCUCGAUUGAUGGUCGACCGGCACAGACUGAAGGCUCUGGAUUCUGCGUGGAGCCGAGUCGCUAUGUCAAUGCGAUCAAUGAGCCGGAGUGGCGAAAUAUGGUGGUCCUGAAGAAGGGCCAGGUGUUCGGUUGUACCAAUGUGUAUAAAGCGUGGAAGGAGUAA